GCCAUCUUCCUCGUCCCUAUCACCCAUCAUCGAACACCCAACCAGUUGGAAGGAGCGCGAUGACGACACCCAACCUCGCAAUGACUGCCGAUGCAAACGCCGCGCCAGCUCUUGGCACAGCCCAGCAUCCUUCUGCCCAGCACACGCGACGCUGGUCUGGGGCAAUUGGGGAAGACAUCGGAAAAUGGCACCCCAAGCAAGUUUGCCACCGGUCGUUGGGGACGAUUUCAACAACGCAACUGCUUGGCACUUUUUGCGCCACCUGACACCAGCCAGUUUUCAGUCACUUUUGACAGUCGAAAAACGCUGCCGACAACGACGAGCGUUGCACGUUCCCGUCAACCUGCCCCACCAACAGAUUUGACCUUCGCCCUCGCAUCUCGCCCAGCACCCACCGCCACCACCCUUGACAGCGCACACCCCGCCCCAGCGUGGUUCCCUGUCACAAUGGACAAGAGCAUGAUUUCCUCCACCACUCCAGGCUGUGCGACGAUGUACCCUAGCAUUUCCAGUGCUGCCGGUCAAGCCAAUGUUGCCACCACGCCAGCACGCCAAGCGAGCCGCAGCAGCAGCAGCAGCAGGAGCCGUGUUGUUGUUGUUGGUAGCAAUCCCACCAGCAUCCCCAGCUCCGCUGUGGACCCCUCGAUGGAGCCUGGUGCACAAGCCACGAUGUUUGCACCAGCAUCUGAUCGUUCUUCGCCCGGCCUGGGUGAUGACGGUGCUUCCCCCGUGCUGUCGCUGCCGACAUUCUCAUCUCUGCCGCCUCUCACACUGAGCAACGUGCCAUCGCCAACAAGCUUCACUGACCUGUCCCUUGAUCUGUGGUCCCCACAGGGUCCUUCCGCACAGCAGAGCCUACCGCUUGAUGCAGCCCUCGUCACAAGUUUGCUCGACGACAAUAAGUUGUUCGACCUUCCACCGAUCACCGGCAGCGAUGACGAUGAU